GGAGAAAGAUAACGGCUCUGGGAAGCCAAAGACGAGAAAUCGCUGAUCUUUGUAUUUGACGUGUACCUGCGGUGCAUAUUUUAAAUCGCGUUUGUCUAACGAUCAGCGCUGAACCCAAGGUCCCCCCUCCCCUGUUGAGCCGCCUCACAUCAAUAUUCGCUAAUGGGAGAUCGGCUAACUUGACGAUGACGGUGAUGAUGAUGCAUCAGAGGAUUUAUCCCGGUGUCUGACUGAGAUGGAGCCAGCGGCGCCUGAGUGGAGUCGCUUGCUAGCCAGCUAGCGAGCUAACGGUGCCCUCCGGGAUUGAGCGUGUACCCGAGCAAACCGCGUUUUUAAGCUAAAUGGAUGCAGCCGCAGUUUUAUCGCGCAUUAGUUCCACCUUUGACCCCCAUGUUUGAUAGCCAAACCAUGCCGACCUGCAGAUACUGCUAACUUAACCUUCUGGGUUGGGUACACGUGACAGCAUUUAUCUCUCUCCAACAAUUAGCUGCACCUUCGGCCCGUCCUUGGAUGCUUCAGUGACGGUAACCGGACGGUGUGUAUCAGGAUGGCACAGCUCUUGGAUGGGGCCGGCAAACUGGCCUGGGUUCUCCUCAAGUCCGUGCUUCGUUUCACUUUUAUGUUCUUCAACAACUGUGUAGCCAUCCCAUCUUACUGCUUGUACCUGCUGCUGCUUCAGCCCCUGAGAAUAUGGGACAGCUCCGCUUUCUGGCACAUUGAAGGAAUCAUGUUCAAGUGGUUGCUGGCCAUGGUGUCUUCGUGGGGUUGGGUUGCAGGUUAUACAGUAACAGAAUGGGGUGAUGACGUGCGGCCCAUCUCUGAGGAGGAAGCGAUGGUCAUCGUCAACCACCAAUCAACAGGAGAUGUGUGCACGCUCAUGAUGUGCCUGCAAGACAAGGGAACGGUGGUACGGAAAAUGAUGUGGCUGAUGGACCAUGUGUUCAAAUACACCAAUUUUGGCCUAGUGUCCCUGAUCCAUGGAGACUUCUUCAUUAGACAGGGUAAAGCUCACCGAGACAAGCAGCUGGUUUACCUAAAAGAGCACCUAGACAAAUACUACCAUAGCCGUGACAGAAAGUGGAUAGUGCUGUUUCCUGAGGGCGGCUUUCUUCGCAAGAGGCGGGAAACCAGCCAGUUGUUUGCCAAGAAGCACUCGCUCCACCUGACCCACGUCACGUUGCCUCGUCUUGGGGCCAGCCACGUCAUACUGAAAACCCUGUCGGCCCAGCAAGAGAACGGCAGCGUGGGCGGCGAAACUGGUACCCUGAACAUGACGGUAACAGAAUGGGGUGAUGACGUGCGGCCCAUCUCUGAGGAGGAAGCGAUGGUCAUCGUCAACCACCAAUCAACAGGAGAUGUGUGCACGCUCAUGAUGUUGCAAGACAAGGGAACGGUGGUACGGAAAAUGAUGUGGCUGAUGGACCAUGUGUUCAAAUACACCAAUUUUGGCCUAGUGUCCCUGAUCCAUGGAGACUUCUUCAUUAGACAGGGUAAAGCUCACCGAGACAAGCAGCUGGUUUACCUAAAAGAGCACCUAGACAAAUACUACCAUAGCCGUGACAGAAAGUGGAUAGUGCUGUUUCCUGAGGGCGGCUUUCUUCGCAAGAGGCGGGAAACCAGCCAGUUGUUUGCCAAGAAGCACUCGCUCCCCCACCUGACCCACGUCACGUUGCCUCGUCUUGGGGCCAGCCACGUCAUACUGAAAACCCUGUCGGCCCAGCAAGAGAACGGCAGCGUGGGCGGCGAAACUGGUACCCUGAACAUGACGGCCAAGAAACACUAAUAACGUAAAGGUCUGCAGUGGGUUAUAGAUGUGACCAUAGCGUACCCCAAAGCAAGACCGAUGGACAUCCAGACUUGGAUCUUUGGCUACAGGCCUCCUAGCACACAUGUACAUUACAGGAUGUACCCAAUAAAAGAGGUUCCUCUGGAGGCUGAGGCCUUGACUGACUGGCUGUAUCAGAGGUUUGUGGAGAAAGAAGAGCUGCUGGCCCACUUCUACGACACAGGAUCGUUCCCUCCUCCAGAAGGACAGGAGGAGGCAGUUUCCCGGCAGAUGACCCUCGACCCCGUGUGGCUGUGCCUGAUCCAGUCGUUUGCUUUCGCCUCGGGCUACGUGUGGUACAGCGUCCUCCAGUACAUCUACUGCUGUUUAUUCUGAGCGCGCUGAUGAGGCGAGAGUCUUUAUCGGACCACUGGGAAAGCCUCUGGAUUGGAUGGUGUGUGGCCCAGCGUCAUACGAAACCCCCCAUACGAUGGAUGAAUGUACAAUUUGCAGCAGUGGCGAGACUUGGCAGGAAAACAUAUGAAGACAUGUACACAAACACACAGAUAACAAACAACCCCAUACAAUAUGAAACUGGUCACAAGCAUAGUUAACCAACACACAACUCUAAUGCCCCCUGUCCUCCCUCCCCAAACACACACACACAUACACACACACUCUGGCGGCCUAGCAGAAUAAUCUUACACUUGUCACGAUUCACAUUUUGAUGUUUACACACCCUCAUACAUGUAGACACUCACACGUACAUGACUUUUUAUUCAAAGGUAACGAUAUGAGGCUCAGGACUCCUCCAGAAGAUGCUCUGGACUGGACUCCCCCCCCCGCGCCCCUUUCCCCACUUCCCAGGCUUUAGCCGGAGUAGUUUUACAGAGUAUAAAGUAUGAAUGGACGUGAAUGUGUGUGUGUAGGAAUACAUGUGACCAGAAGCAUCGUGUCUGCCCUUAUUUUUCCUUCUGGCGAGAGUCGACGAAGCCCACUGGACCUCUCUUUCAGUCCGCUGACAAGUCAGCUGGCUACACCUUCCAGAGCGAGCGGCUGUAGGAACGCUGAGGCCGAGCAGCCAGCCGCUCCUCUGACCGUCAUUGCACUAAGGAUCCAUACUGCCCUAACUGCUCCCUGCCCCAGGAAAAGCUCCUGAAUGGUAGCUGUCGAUGUUUUGUUUUCUUAUAUUUUCUACCGUUAGCCCGCAUAUCUUCACAACAACGGCCAUUGUAUUUGUUGUUGAUGUUUUUUUUUUUUUUUCUUGUCCGUGAGCUCGCUGAGAAACGGGGCAUCAUGUUUACACUGGCGGCUCUGCUGAAAACUCGAAAAGGGACAAUGGAUACAAAGUGGCGCUUGAUUAAGGUUUUUUUCUUUUUUUUUUUUUCUUCUCCUUUUCUUUUCUUUUUGUGAGAUGUGCCGUAACACUUAUUUAAAACAAAACAAAAAAGUAGUGGCAACGCAGGGUGAGAUUUGGAGUCUUGUCACCUAAAACGUAACUCUCCUUCCUCUGCUCUCCAACAUAAAUACAGAUGCAGCAGAGGAUCAUUUCAGCAAGGCAAACUGAGAAGGCAGAGACACUAUUCCCCCAUCGGACUACGUAGUUUUACAAAUAUUUAAGCCAUAUGCUUAGUGUCGUUGGGGAGAGGAAAAAGACAUGGAAAAUAAACACGAUUUUUAUAGAAAGCUACCCUAAUGCAUUCUACAAUAGAAAUUUUGGCUUACAGAACUAUAGGUGUCAUCAUUACUGUAAAUUUACAGCAUAACCUGCCUAAGUGAGUGUGUGUGGUCGUCUUUAUCCCCCCCCUCCUCCUCUACCCACUCAUUUUGAUAUAUAGUUCGAGUUGUGUUGCUCUGUGACGUCAGAGUGUGGCGGCGGUUUCAUCUCCAGUGGGUCGAAAUUUAAUUUCUUUUUAAAUUACUUGAACUGUUCUGUUCUCAUGUCCCAUUAUGUUUAAAUCUUGUAUAUAACGAAGCUGAGGAAAUGCGUGAAAUGACUGAUGCCUGUCUUCUCUUUUUUUGGUUCGUGAUCAUUUCAAAUGAUUUUAUUUUAAGAUAUGAAUGGUUUUUUUUUUAAAAGAAGCCGAAAGCAAGGAUUCCCGCCCCUCCCCUCCUCCACUGAUCAGUGUUACCGUGUAUUGUUUUGACCAGGAAGUUAACGUGUGCUCCAUUUCUGUGAGGUUAUAGCUGCUGUAGGUCCACGUGGGGCCCAGUUUGGUGGGAAAAACUAUUAACGCCUUACCAGAUGUUCUGGUUGACCACAGUCCUCCAAAUAAUGCUGUUUCCUCGCUUCAACGCUUGACAAACAUUGUUGUGAGGGAGGAUUUUGGGUGUGUAAAAACUUGGUCCAGUGAGGGAGAAAUCACUAUUAAGGGGGAAACUCUGCCAGGGCCCCUGCAAAGAUGCAGUUGUUCUCUCUCGAAUGUACUUGUGUUGUGGUUUUUGCUUAGCCUGCUUUAAUAUGAAAAUGAUCAAGGAGCAGUGAUUAUCAUCGUCAUAAACAAAUGCCCACAAGGUGCAUUUUUAGUAGCUGCUGCCCUCCCUCUGUGCCACUGUUGAUUUUUUUUUUUUUUUUUUUUUUUUUUUUAAAAAAGAAGAAUUGUGUGAAUGCAAAAAAAAAAGGCUACCUGGCUAGUUAGGUAGGUGAAAACAUUUCAAAUCAGGCUGUAAAUGUGUUUCAUCCUUUGACCCUUUCAGAUUCCCCUCCAUUGUGAGUGUGACGUAAAAUGAAGCGUCUUUAUUUUAUUUUUUUUCCCCCACCUUUUCAUUUUUUUAAAAUUUUUAUUUGUUGACCAUGUUUCCAAAGAAGGCAGGGAAAUCAUGUUUUCCUAGAUGUGGUUUUAGGACAUAAACACAAUAGGGAUUUAAACAAAUUAUACUAGAACUGUCUGUAAUUUUCCAUUUUGUACUUCUCCUUUAAUUCCUAGCUACACAGCCAUUUUACAACACAAACAACUUGUGCUGGAAUAAACAUAAAGAUCCUAA